CUCCGAUCCUCAGCUCGACAACCCAUGCCAUAAUUCCUCUCUUAAAUAAUUUCUCCGAAAUUCCAACUGGCCGGUCAACUUUUCUCUGGUCGUCGUCUCCUCAUUUCCUCGGCGUUUCCCAUGCCACCCAUCCCUCUUGAAGUCUUUGGUUCCCUGCUUUUAAUUUAAAACCAACGACCCAUCGUUUGAUUUCCUGUAUAGUAUGUGUGUUUUGGAGAGAAACAACUAACAAAUGGAGAAUUCAUUCGGUGCCGGCUGCAUGGCGGUGUUCGCGGUGUCGGGCACCGUCGUUCUGCUCGCCGUGCGCCUCCACAACCAUCUCACGACUGAUUUCAUGAACAAGAUCGAAGCCAAAAUGGAGACGACGACGACGACGGCUGGAAAAGAUCAAGAAAGGAGAAAGGUGAAAUUCUCCGGCGACGAUCAUCACUUGAAGCGGUCGGCGGCGGCCGCAGGAAGAAAUCGCGCGGUCGUCGGUGGUGAGACUUUGGAGUCAAUGCCGCCGAAUUGGCAGGCUCUUUACAAAGGGAUCAUACAAUAUAACAAGGCCGCCCACAGACGGCUCAACUGAUCUGACUUUCCGUUUGACUAAUGCGCCGCCCCGCGCCGUAGGCUGACGAUUUUAAUUUGUGGCUAUCACGGCGGUCGCCGGCGAGAUCGAUCAAGGGGGAUCCGAAAUUUCUAAUUUAAUUUUCAGAUGUUGUCUAUUAUAUUAUAUUAUAUUUUGGUUGACAUUUUUUUUUGGCUGUUUGACUUCAUUUUUGGGAACGAAUUCUCCAGCAUACUUAAUUUUUGCUCAAUGUAUU